GAAAUUUGGCAAGAAAGAAAGAAAGAGUAGAGUGGAGCAAUGUCGUACUUGUUACCGCACCUCCACUCAGGUUGGGCCGUCGAUCAGUCCAUCCUGGCCGAGGAAGAACGCGUUGUCAUCAUCAGAUUCGGCCAUGACUGGGAUGACACCUGCAUGCAGCUACACCUGCAAUGAGGACCAGCCUAUCCACCUGGCUGAAGGCGUCUCGUCGUCAUCCAAUUUGGCCCAUGACUGGGAUGAGACCUGAAUUCAGAUGGAUGAAGUGCUGGCCUCAGUUGCUGAGACAAUUAAGAACUUUGCUGUAAUAUACCUGGUUGACAUAACAGAGGUCCCUGAUUUUAACACAAUGUAUGAGUUGUAUGAUCCAUCAACCGUCAUGUUUUUCUUCAGAAACAAACAUAUCAUGAUUGAUCUUGGCACUGGUAACAACAAUAAGAUCAACUGGGCUCUCACGGACAAGCAGGAGUUCAUCGACAUUGUUGAGACGGUCUACCGUGGGGCAAGGAAGGGUCGUGGUCUGGUCAUAGCCCCCAAGGAUUACUCGACCAAGUACCGCUACUGAGUCAUUUUGAAUCCUUUUAAGAUAAAACCCCAAAACUAAUUGUAUGAAGAUUAAAUUCUUUGGAAGUCUAUUUCUUGAAAUUCGUUGAGCUUCCUUGGACCGUACUUAUAGUUGUCUAAAACAUAUUAUAUAAAAGGGAGGAACACACUGUACAACGUGGAUGUUAGUUUAAAGCAGAAUGGGGCAGCAUUAGAACCCCAAAAAAUUUCCGUUGUUUGAGACAACAUUAGGAAAAUUAUAAACAACGUUAAAAGAUAGCACAAAGAAAUGCUACUGGGUAGUAUUGAAAGAAAAUUGAGGUGUAUUUGGUUUGUGGCAGCAUUUCCAUGGAUUUGAUUUUAUAUAGAUUUUUUUAUGAAAAAUGAUGAAACAAUAGCA